CAGUAUUAUUUUUAACAAAUAAAAUGGAAGGUAUAAAUAUUAUAGGAUGGAAACGGUAUACACUGGUACAACCACCUUUAAUGAUGCUAAUAUUUGCUCAGUCAAUGUCAAGUAAUAUUUUAACAGAUUUGUUAGUAUAUCGUACAUGUAGUAUAACAUUAGAUAUCAAUAAAACAGAAUGUUUGCUAUUACAUGAAAAUAGCAGUUGUGCAGAAGCAUUGAAACUAGAUACUCAAGUUCAACCAAAAGCAAGUUUAAUUUUAAUGACUAAAUCAUUUAUCGAGAGUAUUAUACCUGCUUUAUUGUCUUUAUUUUUGGGACCAUGGAGUGAUCUAUAUGGAAGAAAACCUAUUAUGUUAUCAGGAUAUGUUGGUAUAUCAGUGGCGUAUCUUAUCCUCUCUGUUAUGACUAUUUAUGAAAUCAGUCCAUGGUUUUUAUUAGCUGCAUAUAUUCCAUAUGCAUGUCUCGGAGGAUUUUGCAUAAUUUUAUUAGGUACUAUUUGUUAUAUUUCUGACAUAUCAGAUGAACAAGAAAGAGGGUGGCAAUUAGCUUGGAUGGAAGCUUUAAUAUCUGUUGGCAUUUUAUGUGGUAUAUUAAUCGGUCCUGUUAUUUUUCGAACAUAUGGAUAUGUAGCUGUAUUUGGUAGUGCUACUGUAUGCUGUAUUCUAGCAGGAUUACAUAUUUACUUUUUAGUUCCUGAGACUAUGUAUAACAAUAAUUCAAUAACUUUCAGAAGUAUGUUUGAUAUAUGUUUAGUUAAGAAACUUGUUAAUACAUGUAUUCAGAAAAGAGAUGGAUUUAACAGAUACAUAGUUUGGUGCUGUAUAAGUUCCAUUAUAUUAAUGGCUAUAGUUUUGCAAGGAGAAAUGACUAUUGAAUAUUUAUUUGCAAGUGCUAGACUUGGUUGGAAUGUAAAUGAAUAUUCUAUUUUUCUGGCUACUACCAUAAUGCUAAAAAUUUUAGGACUUUUGUUUGGUGUAAAAAUAUUAGUAACAUAUGGAGGAUUUUCUGAAGAAGUAGCAGCUAUAUUAUCAUUGUUUUCUUGCUUAAGCAGAUCUAUAGUGGAAGGUCUUACGUUAAAAUCGUGGCACAUGUAUUUGUCUGCAAUUGUAGCAAUGUUAAGUGGCGUUGCUAGUCCUAUGAUUCGUGCUAUAUUAUCUAAAUCAGUGCCUUCAGAAGAUACUGGUAAAGUGUUCUCUAUGACAGUUUCUAUUGAAACGUUGACUCCAUUUUUGGCAUCUUCUUUAUACAAUAUAAUUUAUUCAUACUUUAUGCCUCCUUUGUACCCAGCACCUGUGUGGUUUAUAUCUGUAGUGAUAUAUAUCAUUGUGAUACUCUUACUGAUAAACAUAAAAAUGCAAAAUGCAAGAUCUAACUCUGUAAGAUAUGUACCUGUCUCAGAAGUUAGUGAAAUGUCGUCAUAAUUUUAUACAAAUAUUGCAACUCUAUAAAAAAUUGUAUCUACAAAACAUAUUAUGAAUAUAAGUAUAU